AUGCUUGUGCAGUCGCCACCUUCUCCUACGCCGCCUCAAUCCUCUCGUGCCGAUCGCUCGCAACGCGGCAGUCGGCGUAAUCAGGUUUCUGGUCGUGGUGGUGGUCGGCGUGGUUACACCCCUCCCGCUCCGGGUGAGACGUGUCAGCUUUGCGGCAUCUUGAAUCACACGGCCGCCACUUGUCGACGCCAUUUUGAUACUAAUUUUGUUCCUCGACCCCCUGCCGUUCGGUCGGCUGCUUAUGCCCAGGCAGGUUCCCCUGCACCGCCUUCAGCUGGUUUGUUGCCUCUUCCGUCUUACCCGGAGGCGACUAUGUCUCUUCAAGCCCAUAUGGCGCAUAUCUCCAAUGAUUAUACUGCAGCUUAUCUUGUCUCUUUAGGUCAGUGGCAUGCCCGUUUAGGGCACCCCAAUAAUGUUACUCUUCGUACUUUGGGAAGUUACAUAGGCCCUUCAUCAUCUGAUUGCAGUCCUCCGCCACCACCUCCUCCUCCUUCUUCUCCCUUUAAUGCCUUUCUUAAUGGUGUUCUCACGCAAGCUAAUGUUGUGUUGUCCCGUUUGGAUGAUAUCUCCUUUGCGGCUCUCAAACGGAUUUGGGUGCCCAAUUCGUCGGCUGAGUUUGACUCCUCCGAGCUGGGCAGCACCAGCGGAGGGAGUGGUGGCGCCGGAGAUGGUUCGGGAGGUGAAGAGCCUGUAAGGACUCUGAAGCGGCCCCGGUUGGUGUGGCCUCCACAGCUUCACAAAAGAUUCGUGGAUGCUGUGGCCCACUUAGGGAUCAAGAAUGCCGUCCCAAAGACAAUAAUGCAGUUAAUGAGUGUUAAUGGGUUGACCCGUGAGAAUGUUGCCAGUCAUUUGCAGAAAUAUAGGCUUUAUCUGAAAAGAAUACAGGAGAUUUCCAACGGUGGCGGCGGCGGUGGUGGAAUCAAUGUACCAAUCGACGAACAUUGGUACAAAUCGUCAAUGGAGUUACACCUGAGGUUGCUGAAAGUCAUGGUGGUUUACACCGGAAAAUGGAGCUAUGAGGAAAAAGCUAACCAUUUGGGGAAGAAUUCCUUGCUAUUGUCAUUGGAAUCUCAUUUCAAUGACAUCGCCGAUAUGGUUUCCGGCGCCGAUUUCAGGCGACACCCAGAAAAAUACAGCAUCAACAGUUUUAAUUCACGGUAUUAUUUUCUUCAGGAUUUUCAAAAGGAAUUUGCGGCUACUUGCGGUGAACUGGUGAGAUCGUUUUACCAGCAGUCCCAGUCUCCGGCGGCGGCGGCACACCCGAUUCCGUUGCCGCCGGCGGUUAGCGACUUUUAUGAUUUUGUAGCCUCCGUACAAGAGCUUCUGGCGUGUUUUCCGCGGGAACUGGAGGGUUAUGUGAAGUUGUCGAGAAUACGGAUGCAUUGGUUGCCUUCCCAUUCUGACUCCAUGAAGACAGAAAUCGAAGCGGUUGAUCUCUUCUUGGAGACAUUGAAACUUGUGAUUUCAACAGUUGAAGAUCUGUGUGGCGUUGACCAGGAACGGCACAAGGAGAAGUUACAUGGCUGUCUGACUGCUGCCGGAAGUCUGGUCUUGAGCACAAUAUAUAUAGGUUGCCAAAAUCAAAUGCUAGAACGAUAUUCAUCUACAUUUCCCGAAGCAAUGCUUCAUGGUUUUGCUGUAAUGACACUGAAGUUAGCAAAUCAAAUUCAGAAUUUCGUAAAGCUCUAUGUACAUGGCAACAAAGGGAAGAAGCUGGAGGAUCACAACGAGCUAGUGGAUCAUCAUCUGAAGCUUUUUGCAUUUGCACAUGUAACGAGGGAAGCAUGUUCUUCCCUGAUUGGCUUUAUCCCAAAUGUUUUCUCGUCAAAUCUGGCGCACAAAGUUAAGCUCAUUAGACCAGAGAUGUUUGUCCUGGAACUGUACCAGCAUGAGCCAAAAUUAUGUCAGGAGGAUCGAGAGGGGACCAUUAGCGAGACUUUCACAUUCCUGAGUGAAUUCUUCAAAUCACCAGAGCCAGCUCGGUUCAUGGAGUACAAAGAAAAACAACAAUUAACGUGCAUUGAAGCUUUACUUAGAGGGACAGGAAGGUUCACAGAGGAUGUGAUCAUCAAUUUGAGUCCUUCGAUUUUUAAGCUUUUCAAGGCAGAAGCAAUGUCAAUGGUGUUGAGUGAUGAUAAUACCAGCCUGAUGUUCAAGGCGAAUUACCGCCUAGAAACUCUUCAGAAGAGUUUGAUCUUCCUCAGAGCAUUGCUCUCAGAUCCGCAAAAAAGUGACAAUGCUGUGGAGGUCCUGGAGGAUGUAAAUGUCUCAACAUUUAUUGAAGCACUGGCAAGUGAGACUGUAAAGCUUGUCUGCUCCUUUGGGCAGCAAAAAAUUGACAAUAGUCAGCCAUUUGAAAUGAGGGAUAACAUGCUGUACCAUUUGUCUGAAAAGAUUGUGCAUAACUUCUCUGAGAUAAAGGCUGAUUUCCAGGACAGGCAUUGGUUGUCAUUUUCUAGUUUCCCUACAGAAGAUGAAAUUUACUUUGUCGAUUCUCUUUUGACAGGGAUGAAGAAGAUUCUAACAGCAAACGAGCCUCAUUUUGUUUGCUUUGGGAAAGUAGGAGAGUUGGAGUCUUUAAGAUCUUUUCUGAAAGAUGUGCAGCAGCAAAAUCCUGCUAAGGAGGAGCAAUCUCUGGUAUGCAUCGUCUCUGAGGCAUACCGUAUCAUUAGCACUUUUGAAGAUAGAGACGCCUUUACAUGGUAUGAUCGUAUGGUACUUUUCAAUGCCAUUGAAGAAAUCAUGCUUCUCAAGGCACAUUUCCUUGAACACUUUCAGGACCGUACCACGGAACAACAACAGAAGCUGCAAAGCUGUUUUGCUGCAGCUGGAACACUGGUUUUGAGCAUACUAUGCCUCGGUAGCCAAAACCAAACGAUGAAUCAAUGCGAUUUUAGACUUCUCGAAAAGAUGCUUCAUGAUUGUGCAAUACUGCCACCGGUUCUCAUUUCCCCAAAGGAUUACUUCCAGUUUCUACAGGUGUACUGGGAAAUUAUAAAGGUGGCGCCGAAACAAGUCCAAGUGUACAGGACCUCUCUCCAAUUUCUAGAGAAAAUGGUAGGCAUGCUAGAUCAACCAUUGGUGGAUCUAUUAUUGAAGCUGGAGGAUCACAACAAGCAAGUGGAUCAUCGGGUGAAACUUGCAUUUGCACAUGCAGUGAGGGAAGCAUGUUCUUCUCUGAUUGACUUUAUCCCAAAUGUUAUGUCCUCAAAGUUGGGGAACAAACUUAAGCUCAGCAGAGCCGAGAUGUUUGUCCACGAGCUAUACUACAGCAAGUCCAAAUUAUGUGGAGACAAACAAGUUACGACCAUUAGAGAGGCUUUCAGUUUCCUGAAUGAAUUCUUCAAAUCACCAGAGCCAACAUUGUUCAUGGAGUACAGAGAAAAACAGGCAUUCAUACGCAUUGAAGCUUUACUGAGACAUGAAGGAAAGUUAACAGAAGAUAUGAUCAUUAAAUUGAGUCUUCCGAUUUUUAAGCUUUUCAAGGCAGAAGCAAUGUCAACAUUGUUGAUCGAUGAUAAUUCCAGCUUGAAGUUCAAGCAAUGCUAUCGUCUAGAAACUCUUGAGAGGAUUUUGAUAUUUCUCGGAGCAUUGCUCUUAGGUCCACCAAAACAUGACUAUGUGGAGGAUAAAGAUGACAGAAUUGGGAACCAUCAGCCAUUCGAAAUGAAGAAAGAGUUGCUGCCCUAUUUGUCCAAAAAGAUCGAGCUCAACUUAGUUGAAAUAAAUGAAGCUUUCCAGGCAGGCUCUCGGUGGUUAACUUUCCAUUUUCCAAGCAAAGAUGUGAUCCACUUUGUUGGCUUUCUCCUGGCAGAUUUGAAGAAGGUUUUGACUGAUAAGUAUGACAUUUUAUCUCUUGAAAAAGAUCAAGUAGAACCGUUGCUUGAGGAAUUGGAGGUGUUAAUAUCUUUCCUGCAAGACGUGAACAGGCAGAAGAAGGAUCUUUCAGAACAGGAGCAACGUGUGGUAAGCCUGAUUCAUGAAGCGGAGUAUAUCAUUAGCCUAUUUGUAGCCGGAGAUACUCCUGUAUGGUACUACCAAACUGUGAUUUUCAAUAUCAUUGAAGAAAUAAGGCUUAUCAAGGCCCAUCUCCUAGAGUGUUGUGUUCAACCGCCUUUGGGGCGAAAGGCACCAGAAGCCAGAAACCUAGAAACUGAUGAAGUCGUAGUGGGGUUUAAUGAUCAUGCUAAAGUUAUAGUGGGCAAACUUACAACUGGUUCAUCACAAAGGCAUAUUGUCUCAAUUAUUGGAAUGGGCGGCCUUGGCAAGACAACGUUAGCCAAGAAAGUCUAUGGUGACAUUACAAUUCUGCAUCACUUUGAGAUUCGUGCGUGGUGUUCAGUUUCCCAAGUAUAUCGAAAGAGACAACUACUGCUUGACAUAUUGGAAAGUUUUGGUCAGGUGACUGAUGAAAUCAAGGCAAAGGAUGAAAAUGAUCUUGCUCAAAUUCUGUAUCAACGUUUAAAAGGGAAAAGGUACUUAAUUGUCAUAGAUGACAUAUGGAGCAUAAAGCCCUGGAGUGACCUACAGAUUUCAUUACCAAAUGACAACAGAGGAAGUAGGAUUUUAUUCACAAGCCGGGUAGAAGAAGUGGUGAAAGACAUUGGUGAAAGGGAACCGUACAUUCUUCCUUCCCUCUCGGAUAGUGGAAGUUGGGAUCUAUUGGAGAAGAAGUUGUUUCCUGGAGGAAGCUGCCCUGAGCAUUUGCAAGAAGUUGAACUUUGUGGUCAACGUCUCCAUUCUCUACUGUUACUUUCCACUGGUGACUCGGAUAGACAUUUCAAGGACUUUUCGAGCAUUUGCCAAAAUUUAAAGAUUCUCAGAGUGUUAGAUUUGGAACAAAUGACAAUUGACACAAGAUUUUUCAAUGGGAUUGAAUCGAUGUUUUGUUUGAAUUACUUAGCUGUUGGAGGAAAUAUAGAUUCAAUUCCUUCAUCCAUAGCUCAACUCUGGAACCUGGAGAGUCUCAUAGUAAAGGCAACAAAAGGUACAGUUGAAGUGCCAAGAACACUUUGGAGCAUGCAAAGGUUGAGGUAUGUACAAGUACAUCCUCGUGCUAGAUUUAAUAUUCCAGACAAUGAAUUUGAGAAUCCUGUGGUUUUACACAAUCUAGUGGCCUUCUCCUUGCCAACUUUUAUCGUAAGGACAGAAGCGGAAAAAGUGUUGAAAAGGUUGAUUCGUGUAAAGAAGUUGAGAUUUAUCUUGGGACCAGGUUGGACCCAGAGCUAUUAUGAUAAGAAUCUGGAACUGGCCUAUCUUGAUCAACUUGAGUCACUGAAAAUAGUCUACAAUGGGAGUGGUUCUCCAUGUGGAAUCAGUUUCCCCUCGACUCUCAAGAAAUUGACUUUGUCCAACUUUCGCCUACCAUGGAAGUACAUUGAGGUCAUCAGGCAACUAUCCAAUCUGGAAGUUCUGAAAUUGCUAAGCAGGUCAUUUGAUGGGAAAAUAUGGGAAAUGGACGCUGAAGCCGAUUUUCCCAAUCUGAAAUAUCUGAAGUUAGUCAAUUUGAACCUUGCAAAGUGGAAUGCCUAUUCAGAUUGUUUUCCCUCGCUUGAGCAACUAGUUGUACACAGCUGUAGCAAUCUUGAGGAGAUCCCUUCCAGUUUUGGUGAGAGCGACACACUACAGAUGAUUGAUAUGAAGUGGUGCUCGCGGUCUGCUGCAAAUUCUGCAGUAAAAAUUUACAAUCAACAGGUGGAAGAAUUGGGAAAUAAGGAGUUCAAGGUCUUCAAAACUGAUCGAGUAUCAUUUUGA